AUGACUCACCAUGAUAUACAACAUGAGUUGAUCAAAUGUUGUGCUCGGGAGACUACUAAACUACUCAUUGAAGAACUUGAUGGUGGUAAUUUUGCAAUACUUGCAGAUGAGUCUAGUGAUGUAUAUCAGAAUGAGCAGUUGGCUGUUUGCUUGCCCUAUGUUGAUAAGAAAGGAAGGGCAGUUGUAAGAUUACUUGGUCUUGCUCAUGUUGAAGACACUACCUCUUUGACACUUAAAGCUGCAAUUCAACACAUGCUUAUGGAGUACAACUUGACAUUUGCCAUGGCCCGUGGGCAAGGAUAUGACGGAGCUAGCAACAUGAAAGGUAAUGCCAAUGGUCUGAAAAAACUAAUUAUGGAUGAGUCUCCUUCAGCCUAUUAUGUGCACUGCUUUUCCCACCAACUGCAGCUAACUCUUGUAGCUGUUGCUAAGGAGAGUGGAGAUUGUACUCGGUUACUUCAGCAGCUUGCACACUUGUUAACUGCUCUUGGCAUGUCUUGCAAAAAGAUGAGGAUGCUUCGGAUUGCUCAAGCCGAGGAACUGAUUGAUGCAUUGGAUUUGGAAGAAGUACAAACAGGGACUGGGCAAAAUCAGGAAAUGGGUUUGGGAAGGCCAUGUGAUACACGGUGGGGCUCUCACUUCAGGAUAGUGAACCGUGUCCUCUCUCUAUAUGCUGCAAUAAAGCGAGUCCUAAAGAAGAUUGGAAAAGAGUACCAUGGUGCGGAGGCUCAAGCAGCUCUAUCAGUUGAGACAUCAAUUUUGUCAUUUGAGUUUGUUUUCAUGGCACACUUGUUGCAAGAAAUAUUUGGAUACACAGAUGACUUGAGCAGAGCUUUGCAAACAAAAGACCAAGAUAUUGUUGAUGCUAUUGAGCUACUUGAUAAUACAAAGUAUCACUUGGAGGGCUUGAGGCAACUUUCAGAACUAAAUGGUAGAUUUGAUGAGGUAAACACAGAACUACUUACUUGCAUGGCAGCAUUCUCUCCAGUUCGCUCAUUUGCUGCUUAUGAUCAAAAUAAGUUGCUGAAGCUUGCUUCACAGUUUUAUGCUACUGAUUUUGCAAUUGAUGAAUUGGCAAGACUUCCAUGGCAACUAGACAUGUAUAUUACUCAUGUGCGCAGAGAUGAAAGGUUUAAAAACUUGAAGAAUAUAGUUGAGCUUUCAGUUAUGCUUGUGGAGACAAAUAUUCAUGCACAGUAUUUUAUUGUUUACAAGCUUCUGAAGUUGGUACUGAUUUUGCCAGUAGCUACUGCCAGUGUUGAAAGGGUAUUCUCCUCCAUGAAUUUUGUGAAGAAUAAGCUAAGAAACAAAAAUGAGUGA